UUUCAUUAAAAGCGACUCAUUCCCAUAUUUAUCACUGCACUGUAUUUAUGAAAUGUCUUUUUUCAGCAUAGACAUUCUAAAAGUGUAUAAUAUAUAGGAUUGUUUUGUCGUUUGUGCUGUUUGUUCGGAUAACGGUAUCUCACGGUGGUUUCUCCUCCGGCUGUGUCAAGCUGUCAGUGCAGUGGUCUGGUCUGGAGAGGGAGGGUCAACAUGGCGUCGGAGCAGGAAAUCUCAAAUGCGCCGAUGAAAAAGUCCAUGAGGGAAAAGGCAAUUGAGCGUAGAUCAGCUAACAAAGAGCACAACAGUAAUUUUAAGGCAGGAUAUGUUCCAAUUGAAGAGGAGAGACUCCACAAGACAGGACUGAGGGGUCGCAAGGGCAUCUUCGCCAUUGGCAUAAUCAUCCUGCUUUUUCUGCUUGCUCUCAUUAACCUUAUUAUAACUCUGGUGAUAUGGACAGUGAUACGGAUAGGUCCUGGCGGUUGUGAAAGCAUGGAGUUUCAUGAGAGUGGACUGCUGCGCUUCAAACAGAAGGCUGAUAUGGGUAUAGUCCACCCUCUACACAAGAGCACAGUGGGCGGCAGGAAGGACCAGGACCUUGUCAUUACAGGCAACAAUAACCCAGUGGUUUUCCGGCAGGGCAACACAAAGCUGAGCGUAGAGGAAGAUAAGACGUCUAUUGUCAGCGACUUGGGCAUUUCCUUCACUGACCCGCGCACUCAGAAUACUUUCUUUAGCACCGAUUUUGACACCCAUGAAUUCCACCUGCCCAAAGAGGUCAAGGUUCUCAACGUGAAGAAAGCGUCUACUGAGAGAAUCACCAGCAAUGCAUCAUCUGACCUCACUAUCAAAGGAGAUGGUAAGGCCAUUAUUCGUGGCAACGAGGGAGUUUACAUCAUGGGCAAAACUGUGGAGUUCAGCAUGGGCGGGGGCAUUGAACUGAAAGCGGAAAACAGCAUUAUUCUAAACGGCUCGGUGAUGAUCAGUCCAUCACGUAUACCAAACUCCUCUCUCGGGGGAGACCUGUACUUCAAUGACAACCUGGAGAGGUAUAAACUCUGCAUGUGUGCAGACGGGACGCUUUUCAGAGUUCAGGUCAAAUACUCCAACAUGGGCUGCCAAACGUCUGACAAUCCGUGUGGGGCAGCGCACUAAUGUACAAAAAAAAAAAAAGAGGAAUGCCACUGGAACAUACACAUGCUUAUUGAUGUCUUCAAAUCAAUUGCUAAAUAAUGCAAACAUGCAAAUUAGUGUUUUCUUUUUUUUUUUUUUACAGGAUAUUAUUUAUAAUAUCAGUGCAAACACAACACAAAACACACACUAUCCACCUUCACAGUCCAACCCACCGGGACAGUUUCUUCUACACACCCACUCAACUUUAUUGGAGGCCUAAGAACACAUACACACUCACAGAGUUACACACACAUACCUCUGUGAUAAUAAUCGCUCUCUUAUAACCAUAAAUCCCUUCCAGCACAAACAGUACCGUUUUCUUUUAUGGCCGACAGCUCCCUAUGCAUUAUCAUUGGGUCACCUCAGUGUUUUACAGCCUUUAAGCUGCCUUUUUUUCAACCUUCACUGCAUGUGCUUUAUAUAUUUUAUAUAUGAUCAUUGAGUCCAGUAAUUUGAUAAUCUGAACGAUAUCAAUACUGUCUUUUAUAGUCCCCUACUGUUGUUAAUAACUAUCAAAUGGGCACAUAAGACGAGAGAUACUGUUUGUCUGAAAUUAAAUAGUUUCAGUCAAAGACAAGAUGUAUAGGUGACUUUUUUCCUUUCAGUAUAACAUAAGGAAGAUUUAUUUAGAGCUUUUUCUGCACACUUAUUGUUUGAUUUCACAAAGUGUCAUCAGGAUGGGUAUUCAAUCAUGUUUUCUCAAAGUGUUGGUAGCUAUAGGGUAUAUGCAGAGCUAGCGUUUCUUCCCAUACCGAUAAACUUCCGGUAAACAGUUAAUGUGGCUGUCAAUUUGUUUACGGUUACAGAAUCAAUAUUGUAAUGUAAUUAAAAUAUAAUCAGAUAAAUAGACUUCAGCAUUCAUUUAGUUGUUGAAGCCUAAACCUAGAUGAAAAGCCGUUUACAUGCUCGCGCCCAUCAGGAUCAGCAGGCGAGCGCAAAAACGCCAUUGAAAAUACUGGAGGAAAAUUAAUUGAAAUAUUUAUAGACAUGUUAACUUAAUGCAGUGCUUCUUGUACAUUCUGGGACCCACUUUAUGUCGUAUAUUAUUUAGGCAGUAAAGAUCAUUGCUUUUUAAAGAAAACAGACCUUAAACGCGCUGAUUUUGUAACGGCAUACAGUUCACCGGAAGCAUUUGACCCAGGUUACUGACAAAUUAACAGUCCUGCAUGCUUCUGCAUAUACCCUAUUGACUUACACUUUAUAUUAUGUAUCGACAAUGACGACAGUUUCAGCGAAAUAAAUAAAUCUUUAAUGUUUUACUGAAGAAAAAAAAUCAAUAUCACCUAUAUCUUGGAUGGCCUAAGGGUGAGUAAACGAACAGCAAACUUUGAUUUUUGUAUGAACUUCUCUAUAGUUUAGUUUAAAACAGUGUUUCUCAACCACGUUCUUGAAGGACCACCAGCACAUUUUCCAUGUCUCUUUAGGAACACACCUGAUUCAGAUCAUUAUCUGAAAUAUCUGUAAUGGGUGUGACAGACAAAGGAGACAACCAAAACAAGCAGUGUUGGAUGUCCUCCAGGAACGUGGUUGAGAAACACUAGUCUAAAAGAUUAGUCCUACAUGGUAAAUAUGACUUUAGAAGAAGGUAUUUAAAGUGGCUCAGAUGUCAUUAACAUUUUUAGGGUUGGUUUUUAUAUCACAGAUGUUUACUUGGCCUUGAUUUUAGCCUUUUGCUUUUGAUUUCUCUAUUUUUAUUGAAGCAGGAUCAGCACAGCGAACAGGUUUAAAGCCAGAUCUCAUACACUUUUAAAAAAUGUUAGGUUUCACACAGUCGAUUUGUGUUGGGACAACAUGAAGAAAUGAAGUUAACUUAUUAGUUUUUACAAAUUUAAGAGGACUGAACAUAACACAAUUAAGUUGUCCCUUUUAAAAUCUGAAGAAUUGUGUUGUUUCAGCUGAAUUUAAACAAGUAGUUUGAACUAAUAGCAAAUCUCAUUUUUUGAGUGUAUAAAGUUUGAUCCUUAUUAAACCCUGAUCCUGAAACAGUUCCAUCACUUAUUUUCAAGGUCUUUAUUAUAGACAAAUGAAAAAAAUGACUUGUCUAAUGACAUGUUCAGAGGUGUGUACCAAUAAAAAAAAUGUCUGAUAUCUUUUGAUAAGAUAAAAACAGGAAACUUCUAUAAUAUGUUUGUGAGUUAUUCGAGUGUGAUAUUUUGUGCAAUAUAAGCUUCUUGGCCUGGUUCAUCUGGGCACAUGUGUGCUAUUUAUUUUGUUUCUGAAAACAGUAUUAUUGCAAUGUCUAAAAUGUUUUCUGCUUAAAAGACUAAUUAUCAGAUGUGACGUUCAAUCUGUUGAUCUGAAACAGUCUCAUCAUUCAUGUUUUUAGAUCUUGGCAACAUUGUCAGGAAAGUUACACAUUAUUGAAUGAAGAGGAAAAUCAGAGCGUUCAUAUUUGCAGUGUUUUUGUUAAUAAAUCUAAAUGGAGGUUUUGACUGAAAUGUGUGUUGUGAUUGUUGGGACUUUUUUUAAGUGGAAAAUUUGUCCAUUUUAUGUAUGGUUCUAACAACAAUAUACAAUAAAAUCUAUGAAUGAG